AUGGAGAACGGGCUUAGUUAUAUACGUUCACAAAAACCUAUCAAGGCACCUUACACAACCAUACCAAAACUUGUUAAAAAAUGGGCAUCUCUAAAGCCAGAAAAUGAAGCUUGUGUUUUCUACAAUCAAAACUUGACAAGGAAAUCGAUUACAUACGGCCAGCUUUAUGAGAAUUCCAUCAAACUAGCAAAAGGACUUGUACAUAAAGGGAUUGGACGAGACGAUAUUGUGGGUGUUGGAGGAAAUAACACACCAGAAUGGCUGGUGAGUACUUUUGCAGUACAGCUGGCAGGUGCCCGUCCAAUUCACUUUCCCUUCUUAGACAAGUCAGGGAAUGGAAUAAAAGACUUGUUGAAUAGCGUUGGGGGAUGUUCAAUGUUGAUCUUUGACCCAGGACAUGAGGAUAGCCAUUGGAAAACAAUUCAGAAUCUUGCUACAGUUGAUCCAGAAACGGGCUCUGUAAAGAAAUCAGAGAUAAUCUGUCUUAAGUGGAUUGUACUAGAAAGUCCCCUGAGUGCGUCUGAAAAGUUCCUUACGAUAUCGGACCUGUUCUGCGACGAAGUAAUCACUUUACCAGAAAUAGACCCGGAAGAUACCGCGAGCAUUUUAAUAACGUCAGGCAGUACAGGACUUCCAAAGGCAGUAGAAUGCAGUCACUAUUUCUUUAUUCAAAAUGCCCAUAAGCUUGACGAUCUCAUGGACACUGCUGGAAUAUUAGAGAAGCAGGAAGUACCCAUAUACUUAAAUGAUCGGCCGUUCUUUUGGAUUGGGGGGUAUCCUUGCUGGUGCGCUGCCACAGGAGGAAUACGUGUAACUCUUUCAAGUACGCUUGCGUUUUCAUCGAUAGCUGACAUGGUUUAUUUUUCUACCAAGAUUGCAGUGAAAGAAAAGGCAAAUAUCGGAUUCUUUAUCGUUCCAUUUCUUUUGGAAAUGAUUGCCAUGGAAAAUAUUCCCUGGAAAUUUCACUCUAUUCUUACUGGUGCACAACCUAUCCCAGCACAUUGCUUGUUGGGAAUAGGAAAAAAUUUUGACGUUAUUUCAGACGUAUAUGCAGCUUCUGAACUAGGGGUCAUUGCACAAAAUACAUAUCGUUCGUCGUCUGCUUCAGUCGGAAAAUUUGCAGCUGAAGGAAUGGAAAUCAAGGUCGUAGGAUCUGAAGAAAGGAUGCUUCCCCUUGGAGAGAAUGGCGAAAUUCUAGUUCGUUCAUCUCCUUCCUUUAGAGGAUACCUUAAGAAUGAAGAACGAACCAAGGAAGCACUGAUUUCACUUGGAUGGUAUAAAACUGACGAUUUUGGUCACAUCACGAGAGAUGGUCGAUUGGAAAUACUUGGUAGGGUAUCUGACGUCAUGCUGAUUUCGGGGUUAAAGGUCUUGCCCUCUGCUAUUGAAUCGAUCAUUAAGAAACAUCCAGAUGUUAAGGAAGUUGUCGUUUUCCCCAUUAAGGAUGUUAAACACGCAGACGACAUUCCUUGUGCUGCCAUUGUUAGAAAGGACGGAGCGACGGAAACCGAAGAAGCUCUGCGCGAAUUUGUCCGCAGGGAUAUGAACACUGACGAAGAGGCUGUUUUUCUCGAAAACAUUUACGUUCCUAAAUACAUUGUUUUUCACCGCAUUGGUUUACCAAAAACACAAACUGGAAAAAUAGACAGAAGUGCAACAAGAAGGUUAUCGAUUCCUCUCAUCAACAAUGAAUAAUUAUAAAUAUUGUUGUCUCCUGUGAUGAAAAUAGGCCGACAUCUUUGAAAAAAAAAAACAAAAAAAACUAUCUGCCAUUCUUGAUAAAUCCCAAUUUAUAUUUAAAAUUCAGAUGAGUUACUUUACGUGUAGAAGCAAAGAACUUUCUCUCGUGAAAAAUAACAUACGUAUGUGUAUCACAAAAAGAAGUGUCCAUUUUUUAAUGAUCAUUAAUUUUGUAUAUCAAUAUUAAAAUAAUGAUAUUAUUACUAGUAAUAUAUAGUAUAUUUAAAAAAAAAAAAACUAGUACAUAUAUAAU